CGUGGGUAGGAGUUCAGUUUAAAUGGCAAAAGGGUUAAAAUAAAACCGCCAUUUUUAUUUGCCUUUUAACCCUCAAUAUGGCCUCUGCUCCUACCCUUUCCAACUACAGGGAUCACAAAGCAGAUAUUGACCCCGAUGAUUAUCAGCAACUACUAGUCCAAUCCACUACCCUGUAUGUUGGGAACCUCUCAUUCUACACUACAGAAGAACAGAUCUAUGAAUUAUUUUCGAUGGCUGGAGACGUCAAGAGAGUUAUAAUGGGGCUCGAUCGACACAAGAAGACUCCAUGCGGUUUCUGUUUUGUGGAGUAUUACGAGAAGAGUGCUGCUAGUAUUGCAGUGAAGUAUAUUAAUGGGACAAAGUUAGACGGACGAAUCGUUAGGACAGAUUGGGACGCUGGGUUCAAGGAGGGUCGGCAGUAUGGACGGGGGAGAAGAGGAGGUCAAGUUAGGGAUGACUAUCGUAAUGAUUAUGAUGAAGAACGAGGAGGUUUUGGUGGUAGACACCAACAAAUUAGAGAUGCAGAGUAUGAAGAUGACAGAGGCUUUGGUGGGGGAAGACGACAUCGUUUCUCUGAGCCAGGUGGGAAAAAAGAUUUGUCUGAAUCAAUGGAGACAUAAAUAUACAUACAUUGUACACACUGUUACAUUUGUCUCUCAUUUCUUAUUCAUUCUGAAAUAAGCUCCUCCUUCUCUCUCUCUGUAA